AAGCUAGCCACAGGCAAGGGCGCAACCAAUAAUAGCAAGUGUGAUCAUCCGUUGAUCCAUCUUGCUAAUAAGCCUGCGUGCCCUUCGUUCUUCCUCGUCUCGAUCCCGACGACGCUCCGUUCGGCUCCGGCAAACCACAUCAAGUCGCGAUGGAGAUGAAGAAGGUCGCCUGCGCCGUCCUCGCCGCCGCCGCCUCCGCCACCGUGGUCCUCGCCGCCGAGGCCCCGGCGCCCGCCCCCACCAGCGCCUCCUCGGCCGCGUUCCCGGCCGUCGGCGCCGUGCUGGGCGCCUCCGUGCUCUCCUUCUUCGCCUACUACCUGCAGUAAAAUUAAAGGAGGAUCGGAGGGAGAGGCUGCUGGCUGCCAUUGCCUGUAUUCGGUUGGAUUCCGUUUAUAUAUAUAUUUAAGUACUUUAAUUUGGGUCUGAACAUGUCGAUUGAUCCAUUCAUUUUAUUUGCUUUGCCAUUUCUCCCUUUUCUGUUAAUUUCGAUAUGUAAAGAGGGGAGAAUGGGAGACACUAUUCGUUUGGACAUGACAAUUGGAAAUUAAUCAAUACCCAUUGUUAGUUA